AUGGUGAAAGAUUAUUUAAAUGAAUUGAAGAUUCAUUGCAUUUACAUCGACAGAGGUUGUCACGAAAUUGUACAGCUGGAACAUCUUGACAACCAUGAGGCUACAUGUGGAUUUACACCAGCCGUUUGUGCAAACCAAGGCUGUGGUGUAACUUUAAACCAGCAUGAUCUUAUUCACCAUCAAAGUGAACUAUGUGAAUUUCGCAAAUUGAAGUGUCACUCGUGCGGAGAAACGACGAAAACGUUGGCAAAUAUGGAGAAAAGAAUAGUGAAUGUCGAGAAGAAUAUAGCGAUUUUGGCGACAAAUGAAACAAUGAAAACGAAAAUAGCGAAUGUGGAGAAGAAUCUCGAGAAGAAUAUGGAGAGAAAUGCGGCAGAUAUGGAAGGAAAACUCGAAGCAGUGAAUAAUGAAGUAAGAGGAUUGAAAACAGCUUUGAUUAAAGGUUUUGAUGAAAUGAAGGACGUUCUUGUCAAGAUGGAGGACAAGAUAGAAGAAAACACAAGAAAAGUACGAAAUACAGCAAGUGGUGAUAAGGAAAAUAUAAUUGUUGCUGGAGGUGCCUGGAAUGACUCUGUAGAGAUAUUUAACUGGCGUCAAAGAACAUGGUCGCCAUUACAAUCCUUGCCAAAGCAGCGUUCUUCAGCGACUUCGUUUGUUUACAACAAUCAUGUGACAAUUGCUGGAGGUCACUGUUCUGGCUUUGUCGAUGAUGAUAUCACUAGAAUGAAUAUCAACCCAAAGCCUGAUCUCUCAGUGCACUGGAGUAACUGUCCUGUUAAACUGCUUGCUAAGUUGGCAUGCCACAGCAGUGUGCUGUAUAAUGAUCACUUGAUAGUCACAGGUGGUCGUAAUGGAAACGGAGUAUCUGACUGUAUUCAUGAAGUCCAGCUAGUGUCUUCCUAUGCUGUGAAGAUUUUAUCAAGAAUGCCAGAACCAAGACAGUAUCACAGCACGCAAUUAUUUGAUGAUAACUUGUUCAUCGUUGGUGGAAGUACAACUGACAGAUCUCAAGACAGCCUCAGCAGUGUGGUAGUGUAUGAUAUAAAGAAGAAUGAAUGUAAAGAGUUGGCACCACUGCCGUAUGAAGUGAGUAAGAUGGCAACUGUGAGAUGGGGAGACAACAUCGUUGUUAUAGGCGGCGCUGACAAACGUGGCAAAGCAUUAGAUACAGUUAUCAUUUACAAUGUCAAGACUGAACAAAGUCACUUGUUGCCGUCAAUGAGAUGUAAGAGACGGGGAUGUACUGCAGUUGUUAUUGGAAACAACAUUGUUGUACUGGGAGGACAGGGUGAGCAAGGAACCUUGAAGUCGGUUGAAGCUUUCAACUUUGAAAGUUAUACUUGGCAAGGACUUCCAGAAAUGUCUCGAGUAAGAAGUUUUCACACUGCUGUUGUUGUGUGAACAAUGUGAGAAUGUUGAACUCAUUUGUUAGGAUAACAAGUUGACUUUAAUCAUAUUAUUAACAUUUAAAUUAAAGUAAAAAACCUGUAGGAAAUUGUAGUAUUAUACUGUGAUAGUUUGGUAUGUGUAAUCAAAAUUAUAUUCAGUUUUUAACCAAGUAUAUGGUAAUAUUGAAUUAAUUUUUUGAGUGAAAAGUAUACCCUAGUCAAACAAGGAUGAGAGUUGUAACUCUCGCUCGCGUUUGAGCGCCAACAUUCAUCAACUUUCAUCAACUUUAAGCUGGUUUCAAAUUUUGAUCAGAAUUAAUGAGAGUUGACGAGAGUGUUUGCUGAUUUGAUCAGUAAUAUAUGCAGUCAACUCUUGUUAACUCUCAUGCAAUUCUUGUUCUUAUUUGAGAAAAUUCUCUUGGAAGCAAACUGUCGUUUGGCAAGGCUGUAAGCAAAUGAAUAAAAUAUAUUAUGUACGAUUCCAGGAGUUAAUAGCACAGGAUACCUUGAAAUUCACUGCAAAAAAUUCCUUAUUUUGAAUGAAAAAUUUAAUUAAAAGAACGCACCCACAUGAACUCCAGCUGGUGUUUCCCUAUGCUGUGAAGACCUUAUCACGAAUUCCACAACCGAGACAGUUUCACAGCACGCAAAGAUUUGAUGAUAACUUGUUGAUCGUUGAUGGCAGAACAACUGACAGUUACCAAGACAACCUCAGCAGUGUCGUACUGUAUGAUAUAAAGAAGAAUGAAUGUAAACAGUUGGCAUCACUGCCGUAUGAAGUGAGUGUGAUGGCAACUGUGAGAUGGGGAGACAACAUCGAUGUUAUAGGCGGCGCUGACAAACAUGGCAAAGCAUUAGGUACAGUUUUCAUUUACAAUGUCAAGACUGAACAAAGUCACUUGCUGCCGUCAAUGAGAUGUAUAAGACGGGCAUGUGCUGCAGUUGUUAUUGGAAACAACAUUAUAGUACUGGGAGGCAUUGGUGAGCAAGAUCGUUCCUUAAAGUCAGUUGAAACUUUCGACUUUGAACGUUAUAUACUUGGCAAGAACUUUCGGAAAUGUCUACAGGAAGAUGGCUUCACGCUGUUGUUGUGUGAACGAUGUAAUAAUGUUGAACUCAUUUGUUUAAAAUAA